UGCUGAUCGAUAUCUCUGAACUUGUUGUCCUGCUUUGUCUUCUACUACUUGGUACAGCUUGAGGCGGUGGGGUGUGCAGCGACAAUUCGACAAACGAACACGGCCCCUAUUUGGGAUCACAUGAGACGUGAGAAAUUGUCUUUCCUUUUCUCUCGUCAUGACGCCCAUCUUCAAAGCUAAGGUAUUCUCAAUUUCGUCUUUUUCUCAAGCAGGGAAACUGAUCUUUGUAGAUGUUUGACUUCACCAAGUUACCCCAGGAGCUAAUAGAUUCCAUCCUGGAUUUCUUAAUCAAUGACCCCCGAUCCCUCAAGGCUUCCUCCCUUGUCUGCCGUUCUUUCCUCCGUCGAACCCGAGUUCAUCUUUUCCGUCAACUACGCUUCGAGAACUUUCGGCACUUUCACAAGUUUCGCAAUAUGUGCCAGGCGUCUCCUCACAUACCUCCCCGAGUCGAGACUUUGGCCCUUCACAGCGGUUGGGACGAUAGAAAAAUACGAAAUACGAAGCAUUUUGUUGCUGUGAUGUCGCUGUUCUCCAACUUACGAGUGAUUAAGUUCAUUCACAUCAAUUGGGCGUUGUUGCCCCAGGACGUUCGGGCGGCCCUUUCUUCCCGCGCCUUUCAGUGCAUUACUUUUCACUGCGUAACCGGUAUCAAGGCAUCCGAUUUGUUCUCCCUCGUUUCUGCCUCUCGUUCCACCCUUCACACCCUCAAGCUACACCAUACAGAUAUCAUCGGAAGUCUCGAGCAAGACGAGCAAUCUGCGCCACAUGUAAAACAUCUAACUCUCCACGACUCGGCCCUCUCGCCUGAACUCUUUUGGAUUGACACGUCCUUUCUGUCACCGAGACACGUCCGUACUCUCGACGUGCUACUGCACAAUCGAUCUGAUAUACACCGCUUGCAAACCCUGCUCAGCGAAGGGCUGUGUCCCCUGCAAGACCUUGUCGUUUCGCAUAUGCCGCGGAGCAUCGAUCUAUUGAACCAGCUUGAAUCUUCUGAUCACCUCCAACUCUCAGGGUUACGAACCGUCACCGUACACAUGUGGGACUACCACUCUGAUAUCGACGACGCUGUGGAUCGACACCUGCUCGAGUGGUGGAUCGGGAAUCUCAGACAGUGCGAUGAUAUCGAGCGUAUCACCUUCUGUGUCACGCUUGGCGCUAAUACAGGUGAUUAUGCUGUGUGGAAGGGCUUGGACAAGCUUUUGUUGGAGCGCAGGUUCCCUGCUUUGAUGUCGGUGGUCGUAGAGGUGACCGCGACGUGGAUGACGACGGAUGUAGCCUCAGUGACACGGACCAUCGAAAGCCAGUUCACUGAUGCUCGAGUCGAUGUAAUUUCAGGUCGAGGGGACACGGAGUACCUGUAGGGUUCCUCUGUCUCGCCCACUGGGUUUGGGCUGCUUGUAGUUCACAUUCUAUCAAAUAAACGGGAAGGCCGGAAUCAAGCGACCGCUUUUCCUUGUUUCAGUCGCACGUGCACUGUCUCCUUUUCUCCCGCCAUUAUCAUGACGACCCACAGAAGCCCGCAAGAAUCUCCCUUGGACAACACAGAGAUAUCACAUCAGUUUCUUUACAGAAAGCUGAGCAGGGCCGCAAUAGGACACAUCAACAAGAUUGAGCGCAGAUUGGCCUCACACAAAAUCCCCCUAUCCGAAUUCUCUGCGGUAUCCCUGGCCCUCUAUCCUCCUCAGCAGCACCUCUCCACUGAGUACGUGCUGGAAAAGUAUAAGGUGCCGACAUUCCAUAUCACCUUGCGAAGUCGUUUCAUCUCGCCCUCGGCUCCACCCGUGUCCAACAUCUUACUUCG